CCGGCUUUUCGCUCUCAUGAGCCGCGCCGAGGGGCUCCUCUUGGAGCUCGAGUCGUCGGCGUCCAAGCUCGUCGAGCUCGCCCCGACAGCGGGCGAGAGCCUGCAGGGCUUCUCCGCCCACGAGGUCGAGCGCCUCUCCGAGGCGCUCGCUGUGCAUGUGCAUGCGGCGCUCGCCGCGGCGGCUCCGGCCUUCGACGCGGCCCCCGAGGGGAGCAGCGCGGUCGGCGGCGAGAGCGUCGAGGGCGCGCUCGGGAUCCUCGCCGCCGCGGCGGCCGUCGCUCGCGCCAUCGCCGUCGAGCCAUCCUUUGGCAUCCCGGAGAAGCUGCAGGCGGUGGCAGAGGCGCUGCACGACAUCAUCUUUGACCUGCACGACCCGCGCGCGUCAACGCUGCAGGGCGCCAUCGUCGAGCUCUGCGAGUCGUGGUGGCUGGCGGAGCGGCCGGGGCGGGACGAGCUGGUGCCUCAGACGAUCUCGUACCUCCUCGUCUCCGCCCUGCACGAGGCCGCCACCGCCGCCGACGUCAAGCGCCUCUGGGCUCUUCGCUCGGCGCUCGGCGUGCUCGACUACGCGGACCCGUCGGUCGCGGCGCUCAAGCGGCUGCUGCUGCACUGCAUGAUCAAGCCGCUCGUGCUGCGGUGCGCCGAGGGACGCAAGCUGCUCGUCUACCUCUUCGGCCUGCACCCGCCCUUCAUCGCGGAGCUGCACCGCGCCAUCAAGGCGCAGAUCCCGGUCUGCCGCAAGUCGCUGCGCGAUCUCUACGGCGAGAUUUACUUUCGGGCGUGGCGCGCUGCGUCGGGCGCCUCUUCUUCCUCCACGAGCGGCGGGGCUCGGGGCGGGAGCAGCGUCUGCGCCUACCUCGAGCGGCUGGAGGAGGGCUGCCUGCAGGACCUGAUGUUCCACGCGGUGCACGCGGCGAGCGCCAACAUGGCGACCGCGCUGCGGCAGGUGCUGGCGUACACGCACGCGCAAAAGCGGCAGCGCGGCGUCGACUCGAUGCUGCUGCGGCUGUACGAGCCCAUCCUGUGGCGCGCGCUCAAGGUUGCGAACCCGCACGUGCGGCGCAACGCGGCGACGCUCCUCAUCGAGGCCUUCCCGCUCCAAGACCCGACGCUCCCUCUGACGCAACUCGACGAGGCGCUACAGCGCCAGUUCGACGCCCUCGCCGCCCUCCUCAAGGACGACUCGGUCCCGGUGCGCGUGGUCGCGGAGCUGAUCCCGUCCGCAACCUCGACGCCGCUCCUCCUCCUUCUGACCAAGGAGCUGGCGCACGACGCCGCCGCCAACUCGGUCCGCGUCGCCGUCUUCCAAGGCCUCCGCUUCCUCCUCGCCAACAACGGCUCCGCCGCCUGCCUCGCCACGCUCAAGGGGUCGGCCGCCUCGAAGUCGCCCCUCGCGCCGCUCGCGCCCCUGCUGCACGACUCGUCGCAGCGCGUGCGCGGCCUCGCCUGGCCGUCGCUCGCGCGUCCCGAGGCGCUGCUGACGCGGCUGCCGCUCGAGCCGCCGCCGCUCCAGCUCCGGCUCGCCCGGCUCCUCCUCCCGCUCUACCUCCCCGCCGGCAAGACGGCGCCGCUCCAGCUCGGCCGCCUGCUCAAGCUCUGCGCGGAGCGGACCGCCUGCGCCGCCGCGCUGCUGCAGCACACUCCCAAGCUCGCGGCGCCGUCCGCCAUUGUCAAGGCGAGAGCCCCGCCGUAG